AUGACUGAAGAAGAUGAUGGAGAUGAAGAAGAUGAAAAUAGUCACAUUAAAAUAUUAAAAUAUUUACAUGAAUUAGGUUAUAAAGAUAUAGAAGAUAUAGAAGAUAUAGAAGAUGCAAUAGAUGAUGCAAUAGAUAAAGCUGUUGAAAAAGGUCAACUUGAAAUAUUAAAAUAUUUACAUGAAUUAGGAUAUAAAGGUACAGAAGAUGCAAUAAAUGAUGAUGGAUGGAAAAUUAAUUGUGCUGCAAAAAAAGGAAACCUUGAAAUAUUAAAAUACUUGCAUGAAUUAGGAUAUAAAGGUAAAGGUGAUGAAUGUGCAUUUAAUUGUGCAGUAAGUAACCAGAUAAGCUCAGCAUCAGAUACAAUUAAUCGCGCUAUAGAAAAUGGUAACCUUGAACGAGUAAAAUAUUUGCAUAAAUUAAAGUAUUAUUAUGAAGAAUUAGCAAUUAAUUAUGCUACUGAAAAUUAUGACUUUGAAUUAGAGCAACAAUUAUAUAAAUUUAAGUAUAAAUAUGAAAAAUGUGCAAUUAGUUCUGCUGCUAUAAACGGUCACUUUGAAGUAGUAAAAUAUUUACUUGAAAUAGGAUAUAAAGGUGAUAAAUUAGCAAUUAGUUAUGCUGCUAUAAAUAACCACUUUGAAAUAUUAAAAUAUUUACAUGAAUUAGAGUAUGAAUGUUACGAUUGGACAAUUGAUUGUGUUGCUAAAAAUGGUCAUCUUGAAAUAUUAAAAUAUUUACAUGAAUUAGGAUAUAAAGGUACAGAAGAUGCAAUAGAUAAAGCUGCUAGAAAUGGUCACAUUGAAGUAGUAAAAUAUUUACAUGAAUUAGGAUAUAAAGGAACAAAAGAUGCAAUAGAUAAAGCUGCAGAAAAUGCACAAACAAAAGCAAAACAAGACAAAAGCGUUGAGGUUUUUAAAUUAAAUAUUUACUUAAUGCUAAUAAAAAUCUACAUUAAUGAGUAA